AUGACGAGGAUCUUCUCCAAGCUCAUCACAGCCCUUGUAGGGCUGCUAGCUCUAAUUCCCGCUACCUCUGCGUUUACCAACCCCAUCCGCAACCCAGGAGGAAGUGAUCCGUUCAUGGUGUAUACUGGCGGGUACUACUACCUGAUGACCACGACAUGGACCGACGUGCAGAUGGCACGCGCAACCACCAUCGAGGGUCUCAAGACCGCCCCAAAGAAAGUAGUCUAUUCCACCUCGACUGCCUCGCGAUGCUGCAACGUCUGGGCUCCCGAGGUCCACUACCUCGGCGGCAAGUGGUACAUCUACUACACGGCCGGCCAGACAACCGAUCUCGACGGCCAACGACUCCACGUUCUGACCGGCGGCUCCACUCCCUGGGACACAUUCACCUACACCGGCCAACUAACAACCGAAUGGUCCAUCGACGCCUCCGUCCUCCGCACCAACGCAUACGGCAACUUCCUCAUGUUCUCCUGCUUCCACGGCGUAACUUACCAGUCCAUUUGCCUGCAGCAGCUGGGCGCGGACUACGUCUCCCUCACCGGCGACAUCCACGUCAUCUCGCAGCCCACCUUGGAUUUUGAGAAGCACGGCACACCCGUCAAUGAAGGGCCCGUCGCGCUCUACUUCAACGGGGUCACAUACAUCGCCUACUCGGCGUCUUAUUGCUGGACUUCAUACUACUGCCUCGGUCUGCUAACCUGGGACGGAAAAACCAACCCCACGUCGGCGAGCGCCUGGAAAAAGCGUAAUGGGUGUGUGCUGUCCUCGGCGAACGGAAACUAUGGCACGGGUCACAACUCGUUCUUCCAGAGCCCGGAUACCUCGCAGACGUGGAUCGCGUACCAUGCGACGAAUAAUAGUGCGGGUGCUUGUGAUAAUUCUCGGUACACGAUGGUCCAACAGCUUGGGACGCAUAGCGACGGGAGCCCGAACUUUGGGACGUCGCUGCCUUUUAGUCAUGUGUUCAGUGAGCCGAGUGGGAAAUAG